UUUGUAACUGUAUGUAAAAAAGUGGAGAAAAUAACUCGAUAACCCGCGGCUCUCAGCGCCGUAGCGCCAAUGGGUCCUCCGUGGACUCCGCCACAGCCGGCGGCACUCGCUUCCCCGUCGCCGCAGUAUCGAGGUCGCCUGGGAACGCUGAACCAUGCAUGAAGACAGCAACGCCAGUACGCCACUGGUCACCCACAGGCUAGCGCGAGAUCUGAAGCCAAGUUUUAACGCACCAUAUCCGCACCCUCUCUUCCUGAGCUGAACAACACAACCCAACACAACUCUCACACACUCCUCGCCGGUGACUGCCUCCACGACGUGCGACGGCCAGACGGCAGCCCCUCUCCCCCUCCUGUGCCUGCGUUCCUACAUCACAGAUUCUGAAUACAUUGGCACGUGUGUGGAUGGACGCGCUCCUCGGCGCGGCGCAAUGGGUGGUGGGCAAGGCGCUGGCCCCCGUUGCUGAUGGCCUGCUGGAGGCUUGGGGUGCCACCAGGAACUUGGGUCCCAACAUCGAGGCCCUGAGGAUGGAGCUGCUGCUUGUGAAGGCCACCCUUGAAAAUGCCGGCCUCAAGCACACCAGUGGCCAUGCCAUGGAGGAGCUGCUCGGGAAGCUGCAGGACUUGGCAUACUGUGCCGAGGACUUGUUGGACGAGCUUGAGUACUUUCGCAUCCACGACCAGCUCCACGACACAUAUGACGCUGCGGACCAGCAUGCCAAGGGCGGCGUCCACGACCUUGCCCUCAAUGCUCGUCAUGCCAUCAAAGCUGUCGGCAUUCGGCAAGCUGACAUUUGUAUCCUCAUUUUGCUGUUCUGCUCCCAACCCUGCAGGCGAUCCUGGAGAAAGAGAAGAUGCAACACAACGGGUCAGCCGUUGUGCUUGGCGGCGUGCUCCGAAGAGGUUAUACAGGAAUUCCUCAAUACCAAACGCCAAUCAGGAGGUCAGCGGAUGCAUGCCCAAGCUUGGUUGAAAUGUGUGCGGCGCUACGGACGUGGAAGGAAAUUUGCGGGUUUUCAUUGGAGAUGCCCUAAGCCACUGCUUGUCCUCGUACGUGAUGGACAGACAUUCAUGACCGGUAUCACCCCCGGAUUAUUUAGUUUAGUUUUUUUAGGCAAACCACCCCGGGAGUAAGGCAUCCAGCAAUUGCUUCUGCACUGAACAUGGCACAGCUUGUGGCCACCGUAUGUUCAAGAAGUGUACACUUGUUUGAAAUCUUCAUCUCUCCCAAAUUAUUGUUUCCACAAGUAUAACAUAGUGCUAGUGCUAGCUACCUUAUUAAGUCCAUAGUCCAUACAUAAUACUGAUUAAUUGUCAAGGAAUAUCAUACCAUCAUUUGUUAUAAUGAUGAUUGUGCUUCGAUCAACUUCAUGUUUACCAGUGAUCGACAUGGGUCGCAUUGGCAAUGUCAUCCUGGAGAUUUCUGACUUCUCCUCCUUGCACCCCGCCAGCGUAAAAGUCAUUUUUACAUAGGAUUCGAACCACUCAGAA